UACGAAAUGAUAUCUCCCGAAGAGUGACGUAUUUUUCUGUGUAGAACGUUUGUGGGAUUUCAAUUUGUCAAGAGAGAACUUUUUUCUUCGUUGAGAUAUUUAGUUGUGCAAUGGAUUUUAUUUAACAGGAGUAAAUUUCAUACAUAAAGACAGACCACAAAAGCCGACAUCAAUAUAAUAAUGGCAAGGAUAAUUCCAAGAUGCAGCAUUGCGAAAUAUUUAAAAUAUACUGUAGUCCUUCUUAUUAUAUAUCUAAUUGUGGACUGUGUACAUACGUGGAAAACACCGAAAAACAAUUACAUAAGGGACCUCAGUUCGAUGUCAAUCGAUACAAACAUGAUGAUAAAUAAAGUAUUAAAAUCUUACGUAUUGGAGUCGGCAUCGCCAAAGAGAAGUUUCGAUCCAAAAGAAAGCAUAGAUCCAAUGCCGAACGACAAAAAUGAAACCCAAUCUUCAAACAACACCUAUAACAAUCCUAUUGUAAAAGGUGGUAGUUUGAAGCAAAAUUUAAAAAACAAAUAUGUGAAUCUUGACAAAACUGUCAAUCAAGUAUUCAAUGACAAAACUGUCAAUCAAGCGAAUCAAGUAAUAAAUAAUAAAAAUGUCAAUCAAGUAACAAAUAACGUAACUGUGAAUCCAAUUUUUAACGGUGAUUAUUUAUUAAAUAAUGUGAGUGUAUGUCCAGAUAAUUUAACAAUUAUCAUAGUCGUUCAUACGGCUCCAGAUCAUUUCAUCCGUCGACAAAAUAUUCGUACAACGUACGGUUCAAGUACUACGUUCUUACCGUUCAACAUCCGAACUGUGUUUCUGAUAGGGAGAGUGAAAACUGUGGAUCUAAUAGUUAAAAUUAUGAAAGAGCAUAUUGAGUAUGGUGAUAUCAUUCAAGGAAAUUUUAUCGACACUUACCAUAAUUUAACAUAUAAAGCAGUCAUGGGUCUACAUUGGGUUUCACAUUAUUGUUCAAAAGUGAAAUAUGUAGUUAAAGUUGAUGAUGACGUCGUCUUUGAUAUGUGGAAGUUCUUAGAGGUGUUCCCUGCUCAUAAUCUACAUGCUUCCAAGGCAAUCUUUUGUAGGACAACAUUAAAGGGGAUUGUUCCUCGAAAAGGAAAGUGGACUGUGCCGAAAGAUGUUUUGGUGGGAUAUAGUCAUUUCCCUUACCCAUUUUGUCACGGUAUGGUUAUGAUUUAUAGUGGGGACACAAUUCCUCUUCUUUACCGAGCUUCGUACACAGUUUCUUUCUUUUGGCUGGAUGAUGUGUUUGUGACGGGAAUGUUGGCCAACAAAGCUGGGGGAAUCAAAAUUAUAUCACAAACGAAAGAUUUAAUAAUGGAUCCAAGAAUACCCGGAUUUAAAUGUUUACGAGAAAAGGGAAUAAAUUGUCACGUAUUAGCAGUCACUGUGUCAGAGGAUUCAUACAAUGCCACGUGGUUCGAGUUAAUGAAGCGACAUUUUAAAACGACACCGGUUGGACAAAACAGUACAACGUUUACCCCUCAUUCUUGAAUUACAUGCAAUCAAUCGUGAUUUCUCUUGUGAGAUAUUAGUUUAUCGUCCAAUAACACAUUCUAUAGUAGAUAUCGCUUGUGUGAUAAAUUACAUAAUAUCCUAAGGAGAUAUCGCUUUAUAUGAAUUUGAUUGUUCAAUUAAAAAGGAACUACUUUCUUUUAGUUUAAAGAAACCACUUUUUUAAAAUAAAAAGUAACUUCUUUUUUUUUAUUAAAAAGAAACUAUUUUUAUUUAAUUGACCUUGAAGGAAACACUGGGUCAAUAUAUAGGACUUUGCAAUAGGUAAAUUGCUGUCAAAAAUGAUGUGUCACUACGCUGUAAUGUAAUCAGGUUCAGUAUAAGUGAAAGAAUUAUAUUUAUCUAUUUGUGCAGGUAAGAAAUGGUUGGGUGAUAAAUAAAAUCUCCUACUCGUCUUUUUUGAUGUCAAAAAAUAUCAACACCCGUCGAUAAGGACACGUAGGGGAUUCUCUAUUUAACGCCCUUGUAAAAAGCCGGUGUUAAGAUAUAACUGAUUAUUUAAUCAAAUGUCAAGUGAAAACCAAUAAUAUAACUAGAAUUAGUGAGCAAACCGACUUUCAGUUAAUCUUAUAGAACUCAACUUAUCACUAAUCAAAGCCGGCGUUAAGAUGUCAACUGAUUAUUUUUUUAAGCGUCAAGAUAAAGAUGAAAUAAAAUCACUAACAAGACGACUUCCGGUUAAUAUUAUACAGCGCCACUAAUCUCUAAUCAACAUAAAAUAACAAAUCAAUCUAAUGCUUUAAUUUAAUUUUACCAGAAGCAAUGAACUGACUCAAGUGUGGCGAUUGUCAGUUCCGUCUUAAAAAUCUCAAAAAUCUCAAACCUUACCUUGCAAAACGGAAAAAUCACCCCCCCCCCCCCUCCCCUGCUCAGCUACAUAAAUAUUUUUGUAAAUCAACACUUUUUAGGAGAACAGUUUCUCGGCCGUGUUUUUUAUCCUUUAUCGUCAGAUGUGAGACAGGGUGGGCAUUCAAAGCACGAGAUAAUGAUAUAGACAUUAUGUGGUAUCAUGAUUAAUGCUUUGCAUCCAUGAAUUUGAAUCACAAUGUCAUUGUAUUAAUUCGUAAUAAAAAUUGACGUCAAACGAGGUGUUGAAUUUCUCUGUUUAAAAAGCUCAAUGUGUAUAUGUACAUGUAUAUACGCCAAAAUGACGAUAGAGACCAUGCGGGAGGGGGUUAUGUAUUCCCGUGCGAGAACAAGAUUAGUGUCAGCCAAUAUUAUAUAUGUGAUUGUCUGGUUAAAUACAUUCCAAAUAUAAUUCUAAUACAAAGAUCUAUGCUAUAGUUGAUCCGUAUCACAGAUUUGAGGAAUGAGGAAGUAAUUCAAAAAAGGAAAACACGAGAUAUUCUUACUAUUAAAAUAAAGAGUGAUAACCGAUACACGGUCUGAUAAUUCCGUUGUAGUCGAAACGUUGUUCAGAACGAGCUAUACAUGCACCUAAAACGAAUUGACUGUCAUAAGAUAAGUUGCACAUUAUAAGCAAUGAUUAUAAUUUAUUCCGGCAAUUCUAUAACUAUAGACAUACUAUUAUUUUAGUUUCCUUGCGACUGUCUUGGGGAUCACGUUGCUAAGUCGGUAAGACGCUGGCUCGCUAGCCUGGAAGUCGGGUGUUCGAUUCCUGCAUUGGCCGAGAAAGUUCAUCCAGAUUUUCGGGCGUGGUUCCUCCAUGUCAGUGAUGCAGGACGGAGGGCCUGACAAGGACAGCUGCCUAGUCGUUCGGGUGGGACGAAAAACCGAGGUCCCGUGUACACAUUGGUGUGCACGUAAAAGAUCCCUUGACAGUUGGAAUUCGAUAUAAGAGUAGGCCGUAGUGCCGCUGUCCGGGCAAAAUUACCCUCAUAGCACACUGUAUGGCGUAUACCCGUCUUCAUUAGCCCAGUUCGGAGCAGAACAGUAGGACGUUAAACCCCAUUUCAUUUCAUUUCAUUUUGCGACUGUCUCCGCCACAUGGAUUAAUAAUCGCAAUAUUGCAAUGGAGACCAAAGAGAAACAUUUUAAGCCUACCGCUUGUUCAGUAAUGCUUGGCUUUUUUACUGGUGAAUUUUGUACUGCCAUAGAUACAUAUCAAAUAUUUUAAAAAAUCCGAGACAAGUAUUUUCAAAACGGUAUAUCAUUACAAAACAAUGUGAAUUAUAACGAAAUGUUUAAACGAUUUAAGAUUUAACACGUCGACCAAUGAACCCAAUGCUUCACACAAAACUUAAAAAUAGAAUACGUUAAAAAAAAAAAAAGCAAAAAAAAAAAGCAGUUGUGUUAUUAUCUAUUGUUUUCAAAACGCGAAACCAAUCUUAUUCAGCAUUCCUAUACAUAGUUGCCCGCACCCUUUCUUUCUUCCAAAUACCUUGUGAACGCGAUAAAGAGAGAGAGAGAGAAAUGGGGUUUAAUGUCCACUCGACACAAACUAGGUCAUUUCGGGACUAACACAUGGUUCAAUUUUUAUUUCAAUAAUUCGCUUACACGUAGGGGUCUUUAGCAGUGGGAGGAAACCGGAGGACCCAGUGAAAACCCACGAGGUUCAGAGCAAUUUUAGUAUGCCGGAUUAAGUAGCCCCGACUUGUUACGGAUGAGCAAAGAUCUUUUGUAGCCCCGACUUGUUACGGAUGAGCAAAGAUCUUUUGGAUUAAAAUUAUACUUGCAGUGGCUUUAACCAGGAUUAUCAUAUAUAUAAUAUUGGCUGAUGCCAACAUUUGUUCGUUAAUGGGGAAAUAUAAUACAGAAAUAUUAAAGAUGAACGUAAAAGCUAAUUCUGACUAUUGCAGAUCUUUCGCCUGGCCUCAAAUGUUAAAAUAUAAAUCAAUAAUUAGACAUUUAUUCGUAUAUGCCAAGCCCAAAAUCAACUAUCUAGAUGAUCGGAAGGUUGUGAUUUUCAACGGAUUUAAGUACGGUCGUCAGUUAAUAAUUCAAUUUAAAAAAUUAAUAAUCGAGACUCUGUAUACUAUCGUAGCAACGGUGGCAAUGAAAAUCGAGACAGAAAUUUUCAGCAUAUUCCCUUUUUAUUAUGUAUUUUAUAUAAAAUUACAAAAUGCAUUUUUAAUUGAAUAUUGAAAGUUCCCGUCGACUAGGAGGCUGGGUGUGUCACUUCAACACCAAAGGCCCUUUAUAUAAAAAUUACAUAAUGCAUCUUUAAUUAAAUAUUGAAAGUUCCCAUCGACUAGGAGGCUGGGUGUGACACUUCAACACCAAAGGCCCUUUAUAUAAAAAUUACAUAAUGCAUCUUUAAUUAAACAUUGACAGUUCCCAUCGACUAGGAGGCUGGGUGCGACACUUCAAUACCAAAGGUUAUUCGUGCAUCAGAUUACUAUCGGGUGUGGUUAGAACGAAUUGAAAAUCACGAGAUGAUUGCAUAUACUUGUAUUAUAUGUUACAUAGACCAUAAGUAAAGAAAGAUGGGUGAAUUAAAGUAAUGAAUGACCCAUUGAUCGAUUUUUUUUAAACAAGCAUCCUUAUUAUAACAUUAAUGGUAAACAUUAUUGAUUCUCUACUUAUUGGAUGGGGUGGUAAGCAGCGCUUCGAUAUUCUUACUUAAUAUUAUAUUCAAGCAAUUCAUCUAAUACGCGUAUUAUUAUUUACCUUCUUUGCUUAAAGGGGAAUUAGGGAAGAUUAGAUAAAGAGCUCGCUAUAAUUAGUUAAAAUAGAUAAUGUACAGAAAAUAUGCUGAAAAUUUCAGUCAAAUGGCUUCAAUUUGAACCUAGGCUAGCCUCGAUCGUCAUUACUACCGUUGUUAUGAUAAUAAACAAAUUCUCGAUUGUUCAUUUUUGCGGUUAUUACAUCCACAACAAAACGUAUUCAAAUCCACUAAAUAUUACAGGCUAAGGUUGGCAUCGAGAGUUGAUUAUAGUCUUGAUAGAUUACAUAAUGUCUAAUUAAUACACAUUUUUAAAGCCUAAAGAAAGUCUUGCAAAUAGGCAGAUUUAGCUCUUGCAUAAUUGUAUUAAUAUUGCUAGAAUUUUUGCUCUUGAAAUUAAUGGUGGCAGUAUAUUUCAUUAAUUAUUAUCUUUGGCAAGUUGGUAGAUUCACAUAUAUGUAGAAUUGUACUUAAAUCAUCUUACUUAAAAACUGACGGGUUGACACAUAAAGUGUAAAUAAUGUAAUUAAAUCAACCUGUCCAUAAUAUCAUAUUCAUUGUAUUGGACGUUAAAUCUGUGAUAAACAACAACUACAUAUAUUGUUGUCUACGAUAUCACCUUAGGUGGAAAUGGACGUAAAACUCUAGAAACGAACGAACGAACAUAUAUGUUAUCAUUUGCUUGAUAAAGACGAGACUAUCAUUGUCAAAACCUUGCAUUUUAAUAAACCAGUAAUUGUUAUUCCAUAAAUAGUGUUAGUGUGCUAUAACGGGAUGUUUUGUUACAGAUACAUUAUGUACGAUCUACAUAUAAAUCUGUCUGUCACAGGUCUUAGUUUGGCUUCAAAUGUUAUUAUAAACCAUUAUUUACACAUGUAUUAACAUGACAAGCCCAUAAUCAACUCUUUAGACUAUCGGAUUUAAAUUUAUUUUGCAUUUUGAACUAUUGUCAAAUUCGUUUCGCUCCAUGUAUUAUGAAGAUAUAAUGUUUUUAAUUACAUGUAUAUUUUUCGUGUUUCCCAUGGGUAUGCUCGUCAAUCGAUAUUUACAGAUACAUAAUAUACCCUAAUAUAUAAACUAUUAUAGCAAGAACGGCAUACUUUUUACCCAAAUCUUACAUAAUGUAUCUUUAAUAUAUAAACUUUAAUAGCAAGAACUGGAAAGUUUCUAACUUUAAUCAAAUCCAUGUAUUCAAAAAUCGUGGCUCGCGUAAAAUUUCUUGGUAAUUAUUCUGAUUAUUUUCAUUUAACCACUGGUUUUAUGCAAGGGGACUCCCUUUCCCCUACUCUUUACUCCCUAUAUGUCAGAGACGUUGAUGGGACAUUAGAAUCUGGGAAUUGCAAACACUUGACAGUAAAUGAUGUAAACUUAUAUUUACUUAUGACGCGGUGUUGUUAAGCGAAUCCUCAUAAAACUUUAAAAAAAAAAAACCAUGCUAUAUACUAUAAGCAAUUAUUGUUAUGAAAAUAAUCUCAAUGAUAAUGUAUAUUGGAGAUAGAAAAAAUCAGAUAAUACAGUAAAGUGAGAUUAGGCAGAACUGAUUUAAACGGUCAUGAGAUUUUAAGACAGUUAACUUAUGGUCCAGUCUGUGCGCGUGGACAUCAUUUUGAAGAUGUUUACCAUUAUAUGCUCCAUCCAUUCGAGUGUCCGUGGACAAACUAUUGAUUUUCUUGUACUACUAUUACAUUGGUAUCAUAAAAUAAAAUAAAACAAAUAAAAUAAAAGAACGGAACGGACAACUGUAUAUAUGUAUAAAUGGUUAGUUUAUAUUUUAGUCCCAAAUGAUUUGUAUAUUUUACAUGUAUAUAUUGAUUAUUAUGUUCUUGUUGUGCAAUGUUAUGUAUGUGUAUUAAAUUUAUUUUUGUAAAUUCUGGAGAGGAGUCAUCAUAGACUUAGCCUGUUCUCCAAUCCAUUUUCAAAUGAA